AUGUUGGAUGCGCAAGUGACCGGCCGAGACCAGGGCUUUUUCUCAGCGAUUCUUCCUCUCUUUGAAGGGAAAAGCGCCCUGAGACUGAAGUUGGGAAGAAGACUGGAAAUAAAUGAUGGGUGUUUGUUUCCAUUGCGAGCAUCUCAAAAAGUGCUGUAUCAUAUUUUUUCAGAAUACAAAGACGCCUUUUGCUUGUUUGAUCGCGACAGCAAUGGCUACAUCACCACAAGAGAACUUGGUUCAGUUAUGCGAUCCUUAGGCUUUAAUCCGACUGAUCAAGAGCUGCAAGUCAUGAUCAACUCAGUUGAUUACGACGGAAACGGUGUGAUCGACUUUCCAGAGUUCGUAAAACUUAUGGAAGAUCAAAAGAAACCCGACGAGAGAGAGGCGGACAUGAUGCUAGCGUUUCGAGUCUUCGACGCCGACAAUAAGGGAUACAUUGAAUCAGCGGAGUUGCGCUACAUAUUACUCAAUAUGGACAAAAGAAUCCCAAGAGAGGAACUUCAGGAGAUGAUCGUCAGUGCCAAACUGGAUGAAGAUAAAAGAGUAACCUACCAAGAAUUUCUUGCCCUUCUUGAACCACACGGUGAGACAUAAAAUCAGCUCCUUGUGGUUAAACCCUAAGAAGUUAAAAGGUACUGAAACAACAGCAUCACACUGAGUACGUCUGCUGAAAGUCCACCCUCGAGCUGCCAUAACAACUGGAACAAGCCAACCCGACGUCAUCCAGCAAUUACUAUAUCACUUUAUAAACUUCAUUUGCGGAAAGAAAUUCUAAUUCAUAUAAGAUAGUUCCAACCCUCUUUUGUUCCUGUGAGCAUGAGCGUUUCAUCUUUUACAGAUACGCGUUUCAUUUGCAAAAAGUACACUUUCGUAGAUUGUCCUUAUAAAUAUUAAAACUUUGCCUACGGACGCCACAGCAGAGACAUGGCACACCGUGACGGUAACAGCCAUGGUGUGUGACGUCAUAGUGACCCAGUUAGUGAGUUGUUAUCAAAAUGGCGGCGAGGUAGGUGAAUUCUUAAAAAGCAAUUAAACACAACCUUCAAAAAAUUACGUUUUACUUUUAAUUAGUGCAGCUCUCUUGAGGUGAUGAAUAGUAAAUUUUUUACAUGGUCUUAUCAAGAGCGAAGAUAAAGCUUGAGCAUACUUUUUCUAAAAUGAAAUAAAGGUACUGCAAAUCAAAUUUAUGCAAUUGGACAGCUUUGCCUUGAAAGAAGUGCCUUCAAAUCAAUUAGAACUAUUAUUUACAAUAAACAUCAAGCAUAUGUCUCUUAUAUCUCUAAUAAGUUAACCUGAAAAACACAUUCUAGUUAAUACUAGAUAAAUCACAACAAACUCACCUCUGUAAAUAUUAACUCACGAAACAAAAUAUGAAUUCUGAGAGAUAAAAAAAUACGUUAAUAAUAUAUUUGAUUUCAUAUUUAACCGUUUUUCAUUUAACGCUUUUUAAAAUAAUGAAAACAAUUUGCAUUAAAAUCACUAUUUCUCUGACUGUGUCAUUCCAGUUUAUACCAAUCCACACUAUAAAAUAAUAAUAAUAAUAAU